AUGAUGUACAUUUACGAAUGGUGCAGGAAUGGUGCAGGAAGACUACCUGAUAACCAUACAAAGCAAGAGCAGCACAAGAGUCCCCAUUCUCAAAACAGAUCACGUUCACAGGAAUCAGAGAUCCAUCCAGUGCAUCAUAGAAGGUCCCAGGUGUUCCAUGAUUAUUCAAUUCCACUUGUAGAACCAAUGCAUCGACUACCAGAAAUGCAACAAAGGAGUAAAAACCAGGAUAAACAAUUUAUCAAGUCUCCCAAAGGAUGUGGACAUUUUUUUGCAAUUCCCAAUUGAAUGAGUGGUGUAAAAUCCGGAAAAGGUAUGAACUACAGCAUACCGGUAACUCCAUCUCAAGCAGGUCAUAGUGGGCAAAAUAUUUAUCACCUUCAGCAACAGUCGUACAACCACAAGAUGUACAGACAGGAAAGUAAAGAUAUUCAUUCACCUCUGAAGACCACUCAUUCCCAACCAGCAGUAGAGCAUGAAUUCAUCUGGGAUUUCCCACCUGUUCUUACCAAUGAAGGCUAUGUUAUUCCUGUCAUACAGAGACAUGAACACUACCACCACCAUCAUCAUCAUCAUUACCACCACUAUCCUCAGUCAUAA